AUGGAUAAUGUUCUGGAAAUCCCUGGUUUUCAUUAUGAUGCUGAGAAAAAACGGUAUUUCAAAAUAACUCGAAAUGCGACUACAAAAGCAGAUCAAACAUACGGACGAGAUGAGAUAAACAAAAGAGCAAAGAAGCGGGACCAUCAAGCGAAAUCUCUCACCAGUACUCGUGCGAAAAAAGAGAAGCUCCGAGAAUAUCAAUUUUCCAUUUCGAAUCCUAUAAGCACUCUUUUUCCAAGCGAAAAACAUGAUUCUAUUCUGCAUCGGGCAGCAGGAUAUAAUCUUUUCAGGCGUGAUCAAGAACAACAAGAUUUUGAUACUAUCCAAAGGGACAAUGUAUGGUCGGAUUUAACCCCUGUUCUGGGGUCGCUAGCACAAACUGCAAUUGGGCUCCAUUGCCUGCCAAAAGUUAAUGGGUUCCUCGUGGUAACUCAUCGCAUGAACGUACUGUUCGUAAGCGCUGAAACUGCUCCAGUUUACAUCUAUCAGCACUCCGAAUUAUCUGACUACGAAUAUGAAUCCUUCAGAACACACGUGAACGUUAACCAGUUAUGUAUAACAAUGAGAGCUAAAGGAACACGCUGUUUCUACGUGCUUAACAUCGAUAUCGGCUCGCUUUCGGUUCCACAAGUUCUCGGGAUAUGUGUUUACCCCGAGGCGAGUGAUGAAAUUCUUGAUGGCGUUUUUGUUAGUGGCAAUUGCGGUGCGUGGGUGGCUUAUGGUGGUAAGAUCUUGGCUUCUGAAGAUGUGGUGGACAAAAGCUCAGAUAAUAGAUUUACAACUUCUAAAAGAUGGCGAACAGUCGAAAAAUCAAAAAGUGAUGUUAUGUGCCUAGAAAUUGCUCGCUCACGUCUUUUUAAUAGCAUGACACCGCUUACAGGCUGGUAUGGAACUCGCAGCGGUGCGCUUUAUACACUGAGCCCAUAUCCAACCUAUAAAAUUCUUCGAAGUGCUAAAAUAGGCACGUUUGAGGGAAUGAGCAUCGUAAGCGUAAAGAAUUUGGAUGAAUCACAUCUCCUGUUAUCCGGACUUAAAUGUGGAUCACAACCUCUGGCUGUAGUUUCUAAGGAAACUCAAUACGAUCGCUCUUCAUCUCGUCCAAUACUUUUAGCGUUUAAUUCCAGCAUCAACAAUCUAUUGAGAGAAACAGAGAUUCUGUGUACAAGUACCGACGGACGAUUCGUAUUGUAUGGCCGUCGGUAUCUGGAAUCCAUGGAUGGCACGCUAGAGCUCUUCUCGACUAGAGCCGAAGACAAUUUAGUUCAUGACACCGAUCAAAAAUCAGGACUUAAAACUUACUAUCCGAUCAAGACUCUGCGUGAGUUGUUUCCGUCUGAAAGCCUGAAGUCAUUCAAGAGACUUUUGCACGCUGAAUUACACGAGGUCAAGAAAGGCGACAACUACUUCGGGGAGCUUUCUGAUGUGGACAAGAUUCGUAUUGCUAUAUUCACGAAUGACUCUGAUGUCGCUGGCGUCAGCUUCAAGAGCUCUGUCGUAAUUUGA